AUGAAAUCUACUACUACUUGUAAGAGAAUUAAUCGUCGUUGGAUUGAUCUAUGUGUAAUCUUUUUACCAUCAAAGUUUUCAAAAAUACCUUCUGUACAUAUUCCAAUUAUGCUAGAGCUACACAAAUAUGUGACUUUAUUUCCCGUUAUCUGUUCAGUCGAUCCAGAAACUGGUCUAGAGUGUGUAGUGGAAGGAAAUCGUAAAAAACUAUUGAAAUAUUUUCUAUAUAAAAAAAUCGGACUCUUUAUAUGGAAUGAUGAUAUUGUGAAUGAUGAAGAUUUAGCCAGUGACGUUUCUACAACACAAGUAAUGCUUGACAAAGAGUUCUCAAAAUUGGAUGAUGAAUGUGUUUAUUAUAAUAUGCAAAUCCUAAGAUCUCAGGCAAUCAAAUUAAAACAAAAGUACCAAUCAAAAAAUGACUCGGCGAAUCGUGAGGGUUUCCUUAAAACAAAAGAAAAGUUUAUUAUUAAAGCAACUGUAGUUAUGUUUAUAGCUUAUUUUACACUUUUUAUUUUGACAAGUCUUUCUCAGUUGAACUUUGAAUCGGACAACAAUAGUAUUGAGAACAAUGAUACUUCUGUUGAUAAAUUAUAUGAUUUGGUUUUUGGUAAACAAUAUUUUGGUCAUAAUCAUAAUAAUAAUCAUGUUUCUUAUAGAGGAUCUUCAGAAUAUGUUGAAGUUUGGCAAAUGUCAAAUAAUAGAUUUUUAUUUGAUAUUAUAAAUGCAAAUUAUGCUAAUUACGAAGGAUUUGAGGUUAUUUUGCAUUAUGGUAAUGAGACAUCGAUCAAGAAAAAUGUCUAUAUGAUUGAUGAGAAUCAAUAUUACUUCGACCUUGAUUAUAAGGAAAUUGUUGGGAUUAAUGAAGAUUUAUUGAUUGAAAUCAUCGAUAAAAAUGGUACCAUCAUGAAGGCAUUCAGUUAUUUUCCAAUAAAUAUAGCUCACGAAGAAGAGAAAGAAGUGUUCACAACCAAUGAUAAUUAUGAAGAUUAUGGCGAAUUUUUGAAAAAUGAAUAUUUUGGAUUUAUUGACAAAGAUGGUAGUGACAGUCUUGCUAUUGAUACAAUUUAUAAACGAAUGAAUCAGGUCGUGAAUCGAGCAGUUGAGGAAUAUCACGUAGUGGCGAAACAUGUUAAAGAAAUUGUUAACAAGAUUGCUGAGGUAUCUCAAGAAACUUUUAAUUAUGUUUUUGAAGCAAUUUCUCACUGGUUACCAAUCAUUUAUGAAAAUGUUAAAAGUUUUGUGGAGGUGGAUGAGAAAAUAGAUGACGAUAAAGCAAUCAUUCAUGAAAAUGUUGAAAGUUUUAUGGAGGAGAAGAUAGAUGACGAUGAAGAUGAAGUAUGGGCGAUUUAUUGUGAAGGGUGA